AUGACUUCCACAACACCUUUCAUGGCUCGUAGACGCAAGACCAGGUUUCCCACUACCCGCCCAUUCACCGACCCACCAGCGAUGCUGGGCGAGCGUGUUGCAGAGGGCCUGACGCCGACAUAUAUUCUGGCGUGGAAGAUCGACCGGCGGGAGCUGUGCAGCGCUUCGAAGCUAUACCGGUUCGUCGACUCGGAAUACGAGCGAUGUUGGCUCGAGCGGCUCGAGAAAGAAGACAUCGAACCCCUCUCUGUGAGCCGGGUGUGGGUGGACAAAUGCAUCUACCAGGACGACGACUACGACACGUUCUACUUUGUCCUCGGCACGAAUCACAUCAAGAGCGACCUCGCACUGAAGCCGGGCUGUCGCGACGUGCGCCUCGCCAAGGCGGCGUUUCUGGAUGUGUGGGACCCGUUUGACAAGACCACCGACCCGGGGGAGCCCGUGUGGUAUCGUUUCGGGUCAUACGAAUUUGUAGAGUCGUAG